UUCAAAAGCAUGGCUGAAAAUCGCCUCAUGAUGCCGAGCCCACAACUCAACAAGUUGAUGGCGACAACAGCAUUUUCUUGCGAUCAUGCUGACAAGGAUGGUUAUAGCGUGCUGAUUAACCUUUCGUGCUGAAAGAUCAGUGAAUAAAGUCAAUUUCCCAUUUUCAUUUUUUGGAGGAACAUUUCUUGUUGGAGCGUCGAGCCUUCGAGCGUCGGGCAAGAUUCAGGCCAAGGAUACAAACAAUUAUUGUUCAUUUCACUCUACUCUUCCCUUUUUCAGCCCCCAGAGAGAGGAGUAUAGAAUGAAAGAGGAGGGGGGAAAGAUGGAAGAAGACAGUGUCAGACUAGACAAAUGGGGAUACGAAGUGAGAACUUCUUCUCAGGCCUGCAUUUCAUCUAUCAACGCCUUCUACGAUCAGGUGCUCAGCUAUGGCAGAGACCGGUCUGUGAUUCUGGAAGCCGCUGCUCAUGAUAAAGACUGCGUUUUGGCCAACAUCUUGGCAUCCCAUUUCCUUAAUUCCGAUCCUUCACGAGCUACUUCUUUUCUAGAAGCUGCAAAGGCCAACCUUGAACGAGCUACCCGGUAUGAGAAAGUAGUUUUUGAUGCUGUCAGUUAUUUGGUUUCUAAAGACAGAGACGAUGACGUCGCCGUUGACUUUCAUGUUAAGCUUCUGAAAGAGUUCCCAAGAGAUCUGGCAUCUCUGAAGAGAGCACAAAUUCUUUGCUUCUACACGGGUCAAGCUGAUCUUUCUCUGUCUCUCGUUCAGCAGGUUCUUGCUGAAAAUGAAGGAGAAAAUUAUGUAUACGGCUUGCUUUCUUUUGCUUUAUUAGAGCUUGGACAAAUGAGAGAUGCUGAGAAAGCCGCCAAAAGGGGACUUGAAAUCAAUAAGGAGGAUGUCUGGGCGCAGCAUGCUUUAUGCCAUGUUUUUCAGUAUGAAUGCCAAUUCAAAGAAGCAGUUCAGUUCAUGGAAGGAUGUGCGUCUUCAUGGAGUUCUUGUUUAUCAUUUAUGCUGACCCACAACUGGUGGCAUGUAGCACUUUGUUAUUUAGAAGGUAAUGCUCCAACACAGAGAGUCCUUGAGUUAUAUGACCAUCAUAUAUGGAAAGAGUUAGAAAGAACUGAUGCUGCUGCAGAGGUUUACUUAAAUGCUGUGAGUCUUCUUCUGCGAUUGCAUGUUCGUGGUGAGCUUGAUAUCAUUGGGGAUCGUCUCAAGAUACUAGCAGGAUGCCUAAGUGAUCAAGCAAAUUGGUAUAUAGAGUGGCACCUUGAUAUAAUGACCGUCUGGGCUUUGGCAAAGACUGGAAAAUUCUCCAGAGCUGAUGAUCUUCUAAAUGGCUUAAAAUACAGGAUUUCUAGGAUGGGCAAAAAGAAGCAACAAUCAAUGCAGAGAGGAAUGCAGCUUGCAGAAGCUCUUCAUGCAUACGGGAAAGGUAACGACAGGCAAGGACUGGAAGUACUUGGUUCUGAUUUUGAUGCCUGUGAUUGCAAGAUGAUUGGAGCGUCAGAUGAACAACUUGAAGUGUUCAAUGAAGUUUGGUACAUGAUGUUACUGAACGCCGGAGAAACUAUGAAGGCAAUCGAAGUGAUUGAGGAGAAAAUCAAGAAGAGGGAAGGAGUUCCAUUCUUGUGGCGCUUGCUGGAGAGAGCAUACGAGUUAGAGAACAGGCCAGAAGCCGGCAAAGCAAACGAAAGGGUCAGGGCUUUGGAGGGUGCAUACUUCUAAUGAAGGAACAAUCGGCUUCCUUGAAAUGAACCAUUCUUGUUGAGUAGUAAGUUUGUUUUUAGCAAAGUGCAACUAUCGUUGCAGAAAAGAAGAGGAGUGGUGUGUAAAAUAUUAAUUAGGAAAAAGAUAAAAAAGGUGUAGCUUUUUUGCA